CACGCACACAUCCUCUCCUCUAUAUUAGUAUAUCAUUUAGCUGAUUUAGAAAUUUCAACUACUCUCGGCUUACCGUUCAUACAGCAGAGGCUCUUCUAAAUACAGAACUAGAGAGAGCGCAGAGAGAGAGAGAGAGAGAUAGAGAUCCAACGCCUUUCUUUCACACUCUCAUCUCUCCCAGAAACCUCCCCUAGGGUUUCUCAUUCUCUGCUCUCUGCUCUCUGCUCUCUCUGUAUCAGAGCAAAGAUGAGCUCAGUCGUGCAGGGUUUCACCAAGUCGCUAGCCAUGACUGUGCUCUCUGAGAUCGGCGACAAGACCUUUUUCGCCGCCGCGAUUCUUGCUAUGCGUCACCCUAGGAGACUUGUCUUGUCUGGUUGCCUCUCAGCUUUGAUUGUGAUGACUAUUCUUUCUGCUCUUGUUGGCUGGGCUGCUCCAAACCUGAUCUCUCGUAAAUGGACUCAUCACGUAACAACAUUUUUGUUCUUUGGGUUUGGGCUAUGGUCUUUAUGGGAUGGAUUUAAGGAUGAAGGGGAGGCUGAAGAGUUGGCUGAAGUUGAAGCAAAAUUGAAUGCUGAUUGGAAGACUAACACAGGAACCACCAAAAAGAAUAGUAAGGAUGUUGAUGAUAUUAAAAAGCAGAAACGGCCAUUUCUCUCACAAUUCUUUUCGCCAAUCCUUUUGAAGGCGUUUUCUAUUACUUUUUUUGGUGAAUGGGGUGACAAGAGCCAGCUAGCUACCAUUGGUUUGGCUGCAGAUGAGAACCCAUUUGGUGUUGUUCUUGGUGGAAUUCUAGGACAAACAUUGUGUACUAUUGCAGCUGUGCUUGGUGGCAAGAGCUUGGCAGCUCAAAUAUCUGAGAAAAUAGUUGCACUCUCGGGUGGAGUUCUUUUUAUUGUUUUUGGGAUUCAAUCCUUCCUUUCAACGGUUGAUUCAUGAUGCCUAUAAUCUUGGUAAUGCUGCUUGCAUUCAGGGGUUGAAAGAUGGAUUCUUGAACUAAAGAAAUUAUACUCUUGACAGUGGGAGAGUUAGUCAUGUGACAAAUCCGAUGAAUUAUCACUAUUUACAAGAACAAUGACUUAAACCACGAAAGAACUGUUUCAGAUAGCUAUAGUAUGUUAUACAAGAUCAAGGCUAAAAUGUCUUGUUGGCAUCUAUGGCAUCACUAUAUUGCAUUUUCUUCUUUACUCUGCUAUGAUGUAUGCCACUAUUCAGAUAUAUUUAAUCAGAGUAGGCAUUUUGUUCUUUUUGCCAA